AUGAAACUAAGGGAUCUCAUAAUGUGUGUCUCAAUGACACCAUUAACACUCGCUACUCAGAACUGUUCCACUUUAAAACAUAUAGAAGAAAAAACAAAUAAAGACUAUGUCCAUAUGACUUUUAAGAAGACAUAUGGUGAUUCAUAUGAAAAUUCUUCUAGAUAUCGUACAGAUAUUCGUCGAAUAUAUAAACGUGACAGUAAUGGUUUUGAAAAUUUAACCAUGGUUAAUCAAAAUAGUUUUUAUUCAUUAACGUUAGGAAUCGGUUCAAAUUCUCAAAAUGUUACCGUAUUAGUUGACACUGGAUCUUCCGAUUUAUGGAUCAUGGGUGAUAAUAAUCCUUACUGUGACAAUACUACUGUUCAACAAAACAAUAAAUGGUAUAAUUCUCACAACAUCGACGAUAGUAAUAAGAUUAAUUGUACAGAAUAUGGUACUUUUGAUUCUACGAGUUCAAAAUCAUUUAAAUCUAAUGCCACAUAUUUUUCAAUCCUUUAUGGUGACAAGACAAGAUCAAGUGGGAUAUGGGGGUAUGAUAAUGUCACUUUACCUGGAACAGACGUCAUUCUACCAAAUUUAUCGUUUGGUGUUGCAAAUUUAUCGAAUUCAUCUGUUGGAGUCUUAGGUAUUGGAUAUCCACAAUUAGAAGUCACAUAUAGUGGUGGUAAUGGUAAUUCCCAAAAAUCACAAUAUAUGUAUAAUAAUUUCCCAUUGCAAUUAAAACAACAGGGAAAUAUUAAGAGUAAUGUAUAUUCUUUAUAUUUAGGAGACUCAAGUCAAUCAUCUAUGGGGAAUAUAUUAUUUGGUGCAGUAGAUCAUUCUCGUUACAGUGGCCAAUUAUUUACAGUCCCUAUAAUCAAUACAGUGGAAAACUUUGGGUAUGAUAAACCAAUUCAAUUUGAUAUUACAAUGAAUGGUGUUGGUAUAACAAUAAAUAACAAUGAAACCACAAUAACUGAGACCAAGAUGCCUGCGUUAUUAGAUUCAGGUACAUCGUUAAUAUAUUUACCAAGACAAAUAGUUUCAAACAUUGCCAAGACGAUUAAUGCAACACAAGAUUCCAAAUAUGGAUAUAUUGUCCCAUGUAAUAUAUUAAAUCCAACACCAUUUAAUGAUACUGAUUUAGUAUUUAAUUUUAAUGGAGUAUUAUUUCAUACAGAUAUAAAUAAUUUUCUUUUACAAAUUAGUUCUGAUACAUGUAUGUUAGGCAUAAUACCAUCAGCAGAUAAUUCUACAACAAGUACUAUAUUAGGAGAUUUAUUUUUAUCAAAUGCUUAUAUAGUAUACGAUUUGGAUAAUUAUGAAAUUUCUUUAGCACCUGCAAAAUUUAAUAUAACAAAAGAAGAAUCUAAUAUUGAAGUUAUUAAUAGUAAUAAUGGAACUAUACCAAAUGCUAAAAGAGCACCGGGAUAUAACAAUACUUGGUCAAUAUCAGAAUCAUAUACUACCGGUGGUAAUAUUUUUACAUUAACUAUCGAUACCACUACGACAAAGAAAAAUAAAAUUAGUACUUCAAAAACAAAUAGAAAAUCUAUUAAUAGUGUUACAUCUACACUGACAGUGAUAGAAAGUCGUACAACUACAGUUAGACCUACAAUGACAACCAUUCCAUCUUCAUCAUCAUCAUCAUCAUCAUCCAAAGAUUAUGAUAGCAGUACUACUAAAGAUAAGAAAAAGAAAAAGAGCAAGAAACAAAAACAAAAUUCAACUAGUAGUAACAUUGUUACAUCUGAUAAAGAUAUAAUUCUUCCAACUACUAUAGAUAAUUCUAUAGAGGAUAGGAUAAAUUCACAACAAAAAAACAUUGAUUCCGUUAUAAUUAAUCAUAAUUUAGCUAGGAAAUCAAGUCAUAAUUUAUCUAGUGUAGUUAUUGCUAUCUCUACAUUAUUACUGUUAUCAUUAUUUCUAUAA